GCUGUGCUGUCCUGUCAGUUCAAGACAGAGAAGGAGACUAACCCUCGUAUAGAGUGGAAGCAGAAAAGGAAGGACAUCAACUUUGUUUAUUUCGAUGGAAAAUUCACCCGUGACUGCUAGAUCUCCCUCUAUCCCGUUUCCCCUACCUCUCCUCCAUAUCUCCCCCUCUUCACAUGUUUCUUAUCUCUUUCCUCCCUCUACAACCCUUGACCCUUGUGGUAUUCCAGGAUCCUUUGCAGGUCGGGCCAAGAUCGAGGGGGCAACGGUGACGCUGCAUGCCAUUACCCAGAAGGACUCUGGGCUGUACCGCUGUGAGGUCAGCGCACCAGCAGACCACACCAACCUGGGAGAGGUCAAUGUCACCCUCAACGUACUGGGUGAGCUACUGUGUGUGUGUUAGUAACAAUGUCCAACAAUGUAACCCACCAUGUGCCUUUAUAUUUUAGUCAUUUAACAGACAUUCUUAUCCAGGGCAACUUACAGCAGUGAGUGCAUAUAUUGUCAUACUUUUAUUAUUAUCGUACUGUUCCCCAGUUGGAAUCGAACCCAUAACCCUGGUGUUGCAAGCGCAAUGCUCGACUAACUGAGCCACACAGUUGUCUUGUGUGUUGUCAAAUCAAAUCAAAUCAAAUUGUAUUGGUCACAUACACAUAUUUAGCAGAUGUUAUUGCGGGUGUAGUGGAAUGCUUGUGUUCCUAGCUCUAACAGUGCAGUAGUAUCUAACAAUUCACAACAAUACACACAAAUCUAAAAGUAAAAUAAUGGAAUUAAGAAAUAUAUAAAUAUUAGGACGAGCAAUGUCGGAGUGGCAUUGACUAAAAUACAGUAGAAUACAGUAUGUACAUAUGAAGUGAGUUAAACAGUAUGUAAAGAUUAUUAAAGUGACUAGUGUUCCAUUAUUAAAGUGACAGACAGAGGAGAGAGGUGAGGACAGAGUGAAGAGAGGGGUGAGGACUGAGAGAAGAGAGGGGUGAGGACAGAGAGAGGAGGUGAGGAGUGAGGACAGAGAGAGGAGAGAGGAGUGAGGACAGAGUGAGGAGAGAAGGGGUGAGGACACAGAAGAGGGAGGACAAAGAGAGAGGAGGAGGGGACAGAGAGAGGAGAGAUAUAACGCCAUUAACAUGCCUUUGAUAAGGCAUCUGAACUACCUCCAUUACGUGUUAAUCACUGUGUGUGUGUGUGUUGAUAAUCCUGUCCUCCUCCCCCAGUUAUCCCCCACACCCCAUCCUGUGAGGUGCCCAGCUCAGUGCUGUCUGGGGCAGGAGUAGAGCUCCACUGUAAGGACAAACUCAGUGUGCCCCCUCCUACCUACCUCUGGUACAAAGACAACAAGGCCCCGAGCACCACACACACACCUGACAUCUCCUAUAGCAUGGACACUGACAAGGGAACACUGGUGAGUAACACGUUCUGGAGGUGGUUCAGAUGCCUUAUCAAAGGCAUGUUAAUGCCGUUAUAUCACACUAUACACCCUCCCUCUGUCCUCAACCCGUCCUCACCCACUUUCUCCUCUCUCUGUGCUCACCUCCUUCUCUGUCCUCACCCCUCUCUCGUCUCUCUGUCCUCACCAUGUCUCUCCUCUCUCUGUCCCCUCUCUCCUCUGUCCUCACCCCCUCUUUCCUCUCUCUGUCCUAACCCUUCUCGCCUCUCUGUCCUCACCUCCUCUCUCUGUCCUCACCUCCUCUCUCCUCUCGCUGUCCUCACCCCCUCUCUCCUCUAUUUGUCCUCACCUCCUCUCUUCUCUCUCUGUCCUAACCCUUCUCUCCUCUCUGUCCUCACCUCCUCUCUCUGUCCCCACCCCCCUCUCUCUGCCCUCAACCCUCUCUCCUCUCUCUGUCCUCACCUCCUCUCUCCUCUCUCUGUCUUCACCCCCUCUCUCCUCUCUCUGUCUUCACCUAUCUCUGUGCUCACCUCCUCUCUCUGUCCUCACCUCUCUCCUCUCUCUGUCCUCCCUCACCCCCUCUCUCUCCAUUCUCUGUCCUCACCUCCCUCUCUCCUCUCUCUGUGUGUCUCCGGAGCAGAAGAUUAAGAGUGUGUCCACAGCCGACUCGGGCCAGUACCGCUGUGAGGUCUCCAAUAGCGUGGGGGCGUUGAAAAAGCGUGGGGGGGGGGGGGGGCGGGGUUAUAGAAAUUGGAACCCUUUCUGUCUUUUCUUUUCCUCUCUUUAUCCCUCUCUCCCUCCGUUCCCCCUCCUUCAGAUCCGUUGAGUAUGACGACGCUGAUAGCCGGAGCUGUAGGUCUCUUCCUGGUCAUCCUCAUGUGUUGCCUGGAUGUGUGUCUCCCAUCGACAGGGCUGCUGCAAAAAGAGUGAGUACUUCACUACACAGUCUAUUUGAGCUUGUGGCUGACUAUUUUGUAUAUAUAUAUAUAUAUACAGUGGGGAAAAAAAGUAUUUAGUCAGCCACCAAUUGUGCAAGUUCUCCCACUUAAAAAGAUGAGAGAGGCCUGUAAUUGUCAUCACAGGUACACGUCAACUAUGACAGACAAAUUGAGAGAAAAUAAAUCCAGAAAAUCACAUUGUAGGAUUUUUAAUGAAUUUUUUUGCAAAUUAUGGUGGAAAAUAAGUAUUUGGUCACCUACAAACAAGCAAGAUUUUUGGCUCUCACAGACCUGUAACUUCUUCUUUAAGAGGCUCCUCUGUCCUCCACUCGUUGCCUGUAUUAAUGGCACCUGUUUGAAUUUGUUAUCAGUAUAAAAGACACCUGUCCACAACCUCAAACAGUCACACUCCAAACUCCACUAAGGCCAAGACCAAAGAACUGUCAAAGGACACCAGAAACAAAAUUGUAGACCUGUACCAGGCUGGGAAGACUGAAUCUGCAAUAGGUAAGCAGCUUGGUUUGAAGAAAUCAACUGUGGGAGCAAUUAUUAGGAAAUGGAAGACAUACAAGACCACUGAUAAUCUCCCUCGAUCUGGGGCUCCACGCAAGAUCUCACCCCGUGGGGUCAAAAUGAUCACAAGAACGGUGAGCAAAAAUCCCAGAACCACACAGGGGGACCUAGUGAAUGACCUGCAGAGAGCUGGGACCAAAGUAACAAAGCCUACCAUCAGUAACACACUACGCCGCCAGGGACUCAAAUCCUGCAGUGCCAGACGUGUCCCCCUGCUUAAGCCAGUACAUGUCCAGGCCCGUCUGAAGUUUGCUAGAGUGCAUUUGGAUGAUCCAGAAGAGGAUUGGGAGAAUGUCAUAUGGUCAGAUGAAACCAAAAUAGAACUUUUUGGUAAAAACUCAACUCGUCGUGUUUGGAGGACAAAGAAUGCUGAGUUGCAUCCAAAGAACACCAUACCUACUGUGAAGCAUGGGGGUGGAAACAUCAUGCUUUGGGGCUGUUCUUCUGCAAAGGGACCAGGACGACUGAUCCAUGUAAAGGAAAGAAUGAAUGGGGCCAUGUAUCGUGAGAUUUUGAGUGAAAACCUCCUUCCAUCAGCAAGGGCAUUGAAGAUGAAACGUGGCUGGGUCUUUCAGCAUGACAAUGAUCCCAAACACACCGCCCGGGCAACGAAGGAGUGGCUUCGUAAGAAGCACUUCAAGGUCCUGGAGUGGCCUAGCCAGUCUCCAGAUCUCAACCCCAUAUAAAAUCUUUGGAGGGAGUUGAAAGUCUGUGUUGCCCAGCAACAGCCCCAAAACAUCACUGCUCUAGAGGAGAUCCGAGUGGCGCAGUGGUCUAAGGCACUGCAUCGCAGUGCUAGCUGUGCCACUAGAGAUCCUGGUUCGAAUUCAGGCUCUGUCGUAGCCGGCCGCGACCGGGAGACCCAUGGGGCGGCGCAUAAUUGGCCCAGCGUCGUCCAGGGUAGGGGAGGGAAUGGCCGGCAGGGAGGUAGCUUAGUUGGUAGAGCAUGGCGUUUGCAACGCCAGGGUUGUGGGUUCGAUUCCCAUGGGGGGCCAGCAUGAAAAAUAAAUAAUAAAUAAUGUAUGCACUCACUAACUGUAAGUCGCUCUGGAUAAGAGCGUCUGCUAAAUGACUAAAAUGUAAAUGGAAUGGGCCAAAAUACCAGCAACAGUGUGUGAAAACCUUGUGAAGACUUACAGAAAAUGUUUGACCUGUGUCAUUGCCAACAAAGGGUAUAUAACAAAGUAUUGAGAAACUUUUGUUAUUGACCAAAUACUUAUUUUCCAACAUAAUUUGCAAAUAAAUUCAUUAAAAAUCCUACAAUGUGAUUUUCUGGAUUUUUUUUUCUCAUUUUGUCUGUCAUAGUUGACGUGUACCUAUGAUGAAAAUUACAGGCCUCUCUCAUCUUUUUUAAGUGGGAGAACUUGCACAAUUGGUGGCUGACUAAAUACUUUUUUCCCCCACUGUAUAUCACAGGAGGUUGGUGGCACCUUAAUUGGGGAGGACGGGCUCAUGGUAAUGGCUGGAGCGGAAUUAGUAGAAUGGUAUCAAAUAUAUCAAACAUAUGCUUUCCAGGUGUUUGAUGCCAUUCCAUUCACUCCGUUCCAGCUAUUAUUAUGAGCUGUCCUCCCCUCAGCUGCCUCCACUGAUAUACAUGGCUGAGACGCUCAAUGUCAUAACUCUUCUUUAAAAAAACAGAAAAAUAAAGUAAUUUAUUGUGGUGUUUGUCUCUUUGUUUUUUGUUGCACCAACUCCUACUGUCCACCCCCUCCUCCCACCAGAAAAGUGAGUGUGUUCUCAUUCCCAGUUGUUGUUGAUCAGGAACUGUUAUUCCUUCUACUGUCAGUAUUAGCUUAGUUGAGCACUGGUCUUGUUUUAAAUUGGGCUGUUCUUUGAGCAGUUGUUGACCACACCAGUGUGUUGAUAAGCCUGAGUUGUUAAGUGAGUUGUUGAUAAUAGUAACCAGUCUAGUUAACAGAUGGAUACUCCUUUCCCUUUCAGCAGCCCAAGAACUACAAACACACCCAGGCCUUCAUGAUCUGAGGGUAUAGCGCACACGCACACGCACAUGCACAUGCACACGCACAUGAACACACACACACGCACUGGUUGGAUUGAUGGAGAAAAUGUGCAACAGAAUACAUAUUUUAGCUUGCUUACACCACCUAGGAUAAAGCUCUCUGCUGUACCCUUCUCUUUGUGUGUUUUAUUGCUGAUUCUGCUGUUUAUAUUACUGUACUGCAAAGCAAUGAAGUAUAUUAACAUUGUUGUUUUACAGAGAUGUUUGUAUACUUAUAUUUUUAAAGUAUUUGUUUUGGGCUUUGGAUGUACAGUGAGGGAAAAAAGUAUUUGAUCCCCUGCUGAUUUUGUACGUUUGCCCACUGACAAAGAAAUGAUCAGUCUAUCAUUUUAAUGGUAGGUUUAUUUGAACAGUGAGAGACAGAAUAACAACAAAAAAAUCCAGAAAAACACAUGUCAAAAAUGUUAUAAAUUGAUUUGCAUUUUAAUGAGGGAAAUAAGUAUUUGACCCCCUCUCAAUCAGAAAGAUUUCUGGCUCCCAGGUGUCUUUUAUACAGGUAACGAGCUGAGAUUAGGAGCACACUCUUAAAGGGAGUGCUCCUAAUCUCAGCUUGUUACCUGUUUAAAAGACACCUGUCCACAGAAGCAAUCAAUCAAUCAGAUUCCAAACUCUCCACCAUGGCCAAGACCAAAGAGCUCUCCAAGGAUGUCAGGGUCUGCCACUAGAGUUCCUGGUUCGAAUCCUGGCUCUGUUGUAGCUGGGAGACCCAUGGGGCGGCGCACAAUUGGUCCAGCAUCGUCCAGGGUAGGGGAGGGAAUGGCCGGCAGGGAUGUAGCUCAGUUGGUAGAGCAUGGCGUUUGCAACGCCAGGGUUGUGGGUUCGAUUCCCAUGGGGGGACAAUAUGAAAAAUAAAAAAAUAAUGUAUGCGCUCACUAACUGUGAAAGUGUUGUGGUCAGAUGAGACCAAAAUCGAGCUCUUUGCCAUCAACUCAACUCGCAGUGUUUGGAGGAGGAGGAAUGCUGCCUAUGACCCCAAGAACACCAUCCCCACCGUCAAACAUGGAGGUGGAAACAUUAUGCUUUGGGGGUGUUUUUCUGCUAAGGGGACAGGAAAACUUCACCGCAUCAAAGGGACGAUGGACGGGGCCAUGUACCGUCAAAUCUUGGGUGAGAACCUCCUUCCCUCAGCCAGGGCAUUGAAAAUGGGUCGUGGAUGGGUAUUCCAGCAUGACAAUGACCCAAAACAGACGGCCAAGGCAACAAAGGAGUGGCUCAAGAAGAAGCACAUUAAGGUCCUGGAAUGGCCUAGCUAGUCUCCAGACCUUAAUCCCAUAGAACAUCUGUGGAGGGAGCUGAAGGUUCGAGUUGCCAAACGUCAGCCUCAAAACCUUAAUGACUUGGAGAAGAUCUGCAAAGAGGAGUGGGACAAAAUCCCUCCUGAGAUGUGUGCAAACUGGUGGCCAACUACAAGAAACGUCUGACCUCUGUGAUUGCCAACAAGGGUUUUGUCACCAAGUACUAAGUCAUGUUUUGCAGAGGGGUCAAAUACUUAUUUCCCUCAUUAAAAUGCAAAUCAAUUUAUAACAUUUUUGACAUGCGUUUUUCUGGAUUUUUUUUGUUGUUAUUCUGUCUCUCACUGUUCAAAUAAACCUACCAUUAAAAUUAUAGACUGAUCAUGUCUUUGUCAGUGGGCAAACGUACAAAAUCAGCAGGGGAUCAAAUACUUUUUUCCCUCACUGUAGCCUACAGUGUUUUUUUUUUUUUUUUUUUUUUUUUUUUUUUAACCUUUAUUUAACUAGGCAUGUCAGUUAAGAACAAAUUCUUAUUUACAAUGACGGCCUACACCGGCCAAACCAGGACGACGCUGGGCCAAUUGUGUGCCGCCCUAUAGUGUUGGUGUGUGAUGAAGGAUGUGUAAUGUUUGAACAGGUGUCUGUAUGCACUGACCAAGUACAUGUGACUAUUAACCAACCUGAAUAUCUUCCUUUUCAUUAAAUAUAUUCUACCACAAGAUGCCUCCUAUUUGACAACAUGAUACGUUUGGCCAUAAACCUUACACUGAUCCUAAAAUAUCUUAUUUAUAAGGAAUAAAGUGGUAGGUAGGUAAAAAGUAGUCGGUUGAAUUUUCUUUUGAACGUUCAAGCCGUCAUCAUGCACAGAUUUCCUUCGAGUUGGUUACCUCAAGGUUGUGCUACAGAGCAGGAUAUUUCUCUGGGGCAGACACUGCGCAAAGACCUUAGCUAAGAUUGUUAGCUUGUAUCAUUUAGUGGUCCAUAAACAAUGUCUCUAAUGUUCAUUUAGUUAUUUUAUUGUACUAUUGUUAUUCUGCUGCCUCCACAUUUGUGCCAUGAGCUGUUUUUCACACACGCGCACGCUCACACACAUGCACGUGUGUGAGCAUUGUCUUGCCACCGUGUGUGUGAGCGUGGUCUUAACACGGUGUCUGUGUGAGGGUCGUCUUUUCAGCGUGUGUGUGAGCGUGGUCUUAACACGGUGUCUGUGUGAGGGAGGUUUUGCCACUGUGUGUGUGAAUAUAGCAUAUUACUUUUUUAUUUUAUUACUUUAUUAUUUUAUUUCUUAAAGUCAUAAUCUCAUCUCUCAGGCAGUAGCAGCCAGACAACCAUCGACCAAUUGUUAAAUUGUGUCAAUUCAAAUCUGGUAUUAGGAACAAAAGAGGUCAAUACACGUCUUCUAAAAUAGACUAGUAUUUUAAUUAAUGCAAAACACUUCAAUGGUAAAUAUGAUGUUCGUAUAUAUAUGGGUCCACUGAAAUACCACGCAGGGCACUCAGAGAACUGAUCCAUUGUUCUAAGUUCUUCUCCAAAUACUCUGACAGAGAUAGUUCACGCUCCCUGCUGGCCAAUCAGAGUCGAGACUGAGCGUGGUUUAGACUUACUCAGCCUAUCGUUGGCGCACAGGCUGGUCCCAGCCCCUUGGCGCUUCACUGUUGCCAGGUGUUUAGUUGUUUUGCAACUUCAGACAUAGUCUGUUCCUCUCAACUGUAGCAGAACACAUGUCCUUGAGCGCGGUUUAACAAAGAGGCACUGUGUAUGUGUCUGUGAGAAUCACAAGUCUGUCUCACCCUACUCCCUAACAUUCCUCCCAUGAAUCACAGCUUGUUAUGUUAAACAAUUUAUAUCAGUACAGUACAAACCUAUUAUGUUUAAUCAUUAAUGCAUUCUUUCUAAGCUAGGCAUCACAUCUAGUUAUAAGAAAAUAGAUCCCCCCACACAAUCUAACAUUAUAUCUGUGCUCUUGGCUAGCGAAAAGGAUAGCCAGUGAUCAUUGGGUUGCAACAGCUGCCCAUGCUGCAGAGCUGUCUGACGAAAUCAAUAUUUGAGUAGUUCUUCAAAGUAGUGAAGGCAUACUUUCAAGACUGCUACAACUAUCAAUCCACUAGAGCUACCUCACGAACUGUCUCUAUCCCUCUCGUCAUUGUGUUGUUUACAUUCCUCUCUCAUGCUGUGUGCGGUGCUGGGAAGAAUAGGCGCAAUGGAUUCUGGUCAUUGUAGUUCAUUACCACGUUUUCUGCGCUGAACUAGGUUGAAUAUUUUCAUUUUACAUUUAAAUUUUAGUCAUUUAGCAGACGCUCUUAUCCAGAGUGACUUACAGUUAGUGAGUGCAUACAUUUUUCAUACUACUACACAUAUGAAAGACUGAACCACACAGGCCAUACCAUAUCCUACACAUGGAGAGGAACCUAAAGGCACAUGCAGUACCUAACCAAUACUACUCAUUUCGACAGACAGGGCAGGUGUGGACCAGUGCUGCCUUGGCUGCAGUCUUCUAGUCGCAGCUGCGCCCUUAGCAGCUGCCAGCUUGGCAUCAGUCAACAAGUUCAACUUCAACUUGAGUGUGACAUGUAUUAUAUAGCAACACCAUCAAAAUGAAUCCCCCUCCCCAAAAGCAAAUUGUACCCAUAGUACAGAAUAAUCUCUUAAAUGGGUGGACAUCUCAAAUCUGAAUGGCAGGAGUGUAUAAGCUUUUGUUCCUGCCCAGCUCAUACCUGAUUACAAAUCUUAGCCUAUAACCGUGACUCGUUAAGUUGAUUAUUUACGCCAGGUGUUAGAGCUGGAAUGGGACAACACCCUUCAUACACACUCCAGCUCUUCAGGACUUCCUGCAAUGACUGUAACAGACCAAAGCAAGUGAAUAGUGUUAUAUAUUGGCACACCCAUUGGUUCUUUGCCUCAUUUUCCUAUUGAAAACUAUUUAUAUCUAGAGAAACGGCGCAAAAAAAUUACAAACUAAAUGGAAUUCAAGUAAUUGAACCGGCGUCUGUCAAUUAGUUGUUUAAUAAUAAUAAUAUUAAUUAAAAAACGAUUUAAUUAAGCGCUCAGCACGAGAAAACAGUUAGCAAGGCAUCAGUAUCACAUCACACUGAGAAAACCGACUUUACCCCAGGCAGCAAAACAGGCCGCAGCAUCACAAUAGACUUGGGCCAAGGCUCCUGAGACAUAACAUCUGGGGUGUAUUCAGUGAGGUGAAACAUUCAGAACCAUAGAAUUAGAAUACAGGAUCUCUAUGUUCAGAACAUUGCGGAUAGAAAUGUAAUUUGUAUUUGUAUUUAUUAAGGAUCCAAAUGAGCUGCUGCCAAGGGAGCAGCUACUCUUCCUGGGGUCCUGCAACAUUAAGGCAGUUACAUACAGUACAAAAUAUUACAUGACAUAUCUACCACAUAUCUACAAUACAAAAUCCAUGUGUAGGUGUGUGUAGAGUGCGUGUGAUAUCAAAUCAAAUCCAAUGUUAUUUGUCACAUGCGCCGACUACAACAGGUGUAGUAGACCUUACAGUGAAAUGCUUACUUACAAGGCCUUAACCAACAAUUCAGUUUUAAGAAAAAUAAGUGUUAAGUAAAAAAUAAAUAAGUUUAAAAAAACAACAACACUUUUUUAAAAUUAAAAUAAAUAAAUAAAUAAAAUUAACAAAUAAUUAAAGAGCAUCAGUAAAAUAACAGUAGCGAGACUAUAUAUAAUGUGUCUGUGCCUGUGUGUCUCUACUGCUAGCAUUAGUUACCUGAUGUGGAAUAGAGUUCCAUGUAGCCAUGGCUUUAUGUAGUACAGUGCGCCUCCCAUAGUCUGCACUGGACUUUGGGAUUGUGAAGAGACCUCUGGUGGCAUGUCUGUAAUUGAAUUCUGAUUGACUGAAUAUCAUAUCUGUUCUAUAGUGAACGAAAAUAUAAACGCAACAUGUAAAGUGUUGGUCCCAUGUUUCAUGAGUUGAAAUAAAAGAUCACAGAAAUGUUCCAUAUGCACAAAAAGCUUAUUUAUCUCAAAUUUUGUCCACAAAUGUGUUUACAUCCCUGUUAGUGAGCAUUUUUCCUUUGCCAAGAUAACCCAUCCACCUGACAGGUGUGGCAUAUCAAGAAGCUGAUGAAACAGCAUGAUCAUUACCCAGGUGCACCUUGUGCUGGGGACAAUAAAAGGCCACAAAUGUGCAGUUUUGUCACGGCAGUGGCAUGGCAACUGUGCUUGAAUCCGAAAGUGCAGCAAGUGAAGUGUGUGAUAAUGAAUGGAAAAUAUCCCAGGAGUGGUCAGUACACGUCGCCUGACCCGUAUGGUAAAUGGAAGGAAGGAGAAAAGCCAGUCGAUAUUAUUGUCGUUUGAGGAGACUCUACCUGAAUAUAUGAAGCUUGGAUAUGUGAGGUAUGUCAUGAGAGCAUUUGUGUCCAAACCAUUACAGAAGUAUGAUAUUGAGGAAUCUGUGAAUGGAAAGUAUUGCAACUAUGGUGGGUAUCAUACUCCGGACUUCCUUGAGUGCCCUGUUAGGGUGAAGGAGAUCGAGGUGUCAAGGAUCAGGGCUGCGCAGCGGAUCUCCUAUGUGGAGGCGGUGAAGAGAGUCUAAGGGGCAAGAGGCAACAGUGUUGAAGAUAUGGCUAUGGAUGCAUUGCAACCAGUUGCUAGUGUUUUAAGUCCAUCGGGUGAUCUGGAUACACUCAUUGUGAAGAAGGUGGAUUUUGUGGCAUUUAUAGCCACAGUGAUUAAUUGUACAGCACAAGUGUCUAAGAAGUCCAAGAAGAUGGAUAUCAUUAUAUCUGCUGCUGAGAAGUUUUUGGGGCUCCAAGACUUCACGGCAGAAGCACUACAAGGACUAUUGUCGCUAGGAAAUGUCCCGCCCUCUGCCACUUCUGAGCCUGUGUUGGGACCUGAUUAGAAUUAGUUUAUUAUUACAGAAAAGCAGGUUGAUUUUGUUUAGUUAAUUUCUUUUUUGGUAGUUUGUAUGAUAUUUUAUUUAUUUAUUUUCCUUUUUGGGAUCCUUGUUAUCCACCUGCACAGUAGGUGGUGGAAUGCACAUCCAAUUGUUGCCAACGCCAUUAUACCAUAGAAGAAGAAGGUUCAAGACAAACUGUUGCACACUGUUAUCGCUGCCAGGAAUCUCCACCAGAGCUGUUGCUAGAGAAUUGAAUGUUCAUUUCUCUACCAUAAACUGCUUCCAACGUCGUUUUAGAAAAUUUGGCAGUACGUCCAACCGGCCUCACAACUGCAGGCCAUGUGUAACCACACCAGCCCAGGAACUCCACAUCCAGCUUCUUCACCGGCGGGAUGGUCUGAGACCAGUCACCCGGACAGCUGAUAAAACUGUGGGUUUACACAACCGAAGAAUGUCUGCACAAACUGUCAGAAACCGUCUCAGGGAAGCUAAUCUGCAUGCUCGUUGUCCUCACCAGGGUCUUGACCUGACUGCAGUUUGGCGUUGUAACUGACUUCAGUGGGAAAAUGCUCACCUUCGAUGGCCACUGGAGAAGUGUGUUCUUCAUGGAUGAAUCCCGGUUUCAACUGGUCUGGGCAGAUGGCAGACAGUGUGUAUGGAGUCGUGUGGGCGAGCGGUUUGCUGAUGUUAGCAAACCAUUCUCUUGAGUAGGUUCUUGUGAGGACGAGAGUGUGGAGAACGUAUAAAACAUUGCAUUUGAUAAGCGUUCGCACUCCCCCUUCUGUAUUACCUCACGCUGCACAUCCCCAUUCACUGAAUCUUCUUCUAGCCAGGACAAUGGCAACAAUAGAGACAAAACAAUAUAUCACAAAGCAAACGUUUUACUUCACAAUUAUCAGCUAGCUCUAUGUGAAUCAUAAUAAUCUAGCUAGCCAGAUAGUUAAACAGGCAAAAAUGACCUAAAACUAAUGUUAUACAAGAUAGAUGUACAUUUUCCAUGGGUAGCUAGCUACCAAUUCUACGUAGCUAGCUAGCUAGCCAGUUAGCCCUAUUGAUUUACUAUGGAUUUACACAUUCUCUGAACUUUUCUUCCAGCCAGGACAAUGGCAAUAGAGGCCAAACAAGAUAUACACAAAGCAAACGUUUUACUUCACAAUUAUCAGCUAGCUCUAUGUGAAUCAUAAUAAUGUAGCUAACCAGAUAGUUGAACAGGCAAAAAUGACCUAAAACUAAUGGUCUUUGUGGUUAGCUAACAAUUCUUCAUGGAUAUCUGGCUAGCCAGUUAACCCUAUUGACUUGCUAUGGGUUUGCGAUUUACACACACUACAGUGGGUAUUGUAGACAGGUAAACAUGGCAAAAUUAACACGGCAUGUAUUUAUAAACAUAUCAAGAUAAAAUAUUGCAGUCAGGCAACAUAUGAGAUGCGAAUAGGCAACAUUUCAUUCCAAAGUCGGAGUGUAUUUUCUCUCGCAUCAGCUCAAAUAAUGGCCGCCAUUGACUUCAAGAAAUGUAGCUAAAUUUUUUACAUGGUUGCAUCAUAUUUCUGAGCAUUCUUUCCGUUGAAGCUUGCAUGCUUCAAAAUACAGGUGAAGUCGGAAGUUUACAUACACUUAGGUUGGAGUCAUUAAAACUCGUUUUUCAACCACUCCGCAAAUUUCUUGUUAACAAACUAUAGUUUUGGCAAGUCGGUUAGGACAUCUACUUUGUGCAUGACACAAGUAAUUUUUCCAAUAAUUGUUUACAGACAGAUUAUUUCACUUAUAAUUCACUGUAUCACAAUUCCAGUGGGUCAGAAGUUUACAUAUGUAACCGGUGUGAAAUGGCUAGCUAGCUAGCGGUGCGCGCUAGUAGCAUUUCAAUCGGUGACGUCACUCGCUGUCCUCUGGUCUGAUGAAAAAAAAAAAAACAGAACUGUUUGGCCAUAAGGACCAUCAUUAUGUUUGGAGGAAAAGGGGGUAGGCUUGCAAGCCGAAGAACACCAUCCCAACCGUGAAGCACGGGGGUGGCAGCAUCAUGCUGUGGGACUGGUGCACUUCACAAAAUAGAUGGCAUCAUGAGGAAGGAAAAUUAUGUGGAUAUAUUGAAGCAACAUCUCAAGACAUCAGUCAGGAAGUUAAAACUUGGUCGCAAAUGGGUCUUCCAAAUGGACAGUGACCCCAAGCAUACUUCCAAAGUUGUGGCAAAAUGGCUUAAGGACAACAAAGUCAAGGUAUUGGAGUGGCCAUCACAAAGCCCUGACCUCAAUCCUAUAGAAAAUGUGUGGGCAGAACUGAAAAAGCGUGUGCGAGCAAGGAGGCGUACAAACCUGACUCAGUUACACCAGCUCUGUCAGGAGGAAUCGGCCAAAAUUCACCCAACUUAUUGUGGGAAGCUUGUUGAAGGCUACCUGAAACGUUUGACCCAAGUUAAACAAUUGAAAGGCAAUGCUACCAAAUACUCAUUGAGUGUAUGUAAACUUCUAACCCACUGGGAAUGUGAUGAAAGAAAUUAAAGCUGAAAUAAAUCAUUCUCUCUACUAUUAUUCUGACAUUUCACAUUCUUAAAAUAAAGUGGUGAUCCUAACUGACCUAAGAAUUUGAAUUUUUACUAGGAUUAAAUGUCAGGAAUUGUGAAAAACUGAGUUUAAAUGUAUUUGGCUAAGGUGUAUGUAAACUUCCGACUUUAACUGUAUGUACAAACGGAGUACGCAUUCGAGAAAUGCCCUCCGGGCUCCGUUUCACAUACUUUGAUUUGGACUCAUCCUUCGACCUUCCCGUGCUCCAAUUUACGUGCUCAGGCAGGGUAGUAUGCAUUUUGAGAAACACCCCUUGUCACUGAGAAUAUGCUCCUCAUUUGAAACAGGUGGCACAACACACAUAUCUUCUGACAUGCUCCUCUUAGUGAAAUUUCACAGUUCCUCAUUUCACUUUCAUGUUUAAAAUAAACUGGUAGUGUUGUUGUCGAGAACUCACAGGCACUCACACACAGACUCACGUUAACACACACACAAAGACUCACGAAGAUAUUCACAUACAUGUACACACACACAUAUCGUUCAAUAAUCUACAUGGCAAAGUAUGAUGACAGUAUGCAAUGUGAUGAAAUGUUUCCAUUAUUAUUUUCAAAAUUCUUCAAGCUCUGUCAAAUUAGUUGUUGAUCAUUGCUAGACAACAAUUUUCAGGGCUUACCAUUUUCAGGACAUCUACUUUUUGCAUGACACAAGUAAUUUUUCCAAUAAUUGUUUACAGACAGAUUAUUUCACUUAUAAUUCACUGUAUCACAAUUCCAGUGGGUCAGAAGUUUACAUAUGUAACCGGUGUGAAAUGGCUAGCUAGCUAGCGGUGCGCGCUAGUAGCAUUUCAAUCGGUGACGUCACUCGCUGUCCUCUGGUCUGAUGAAAAAAAAAAAAACAGAACUGUUUGGCCAUAAGGACCAUCAUUAUGUUUGGAGGGAAAAGGGGGUAGGCUUGCAAGCCGAAGAACACCAUCCCAACCGUGAAGCACGGGGGUGGCAGCAUCAUGCUGUGGGACUGGUGCACUUCACAAAAUAGAUGGCAUCAUGAGGAAGGAAAAUUAUGUGGAUAUAUUGAAGCAACAUCUCAAGACAUCAGUCAGGAAGUUAAAACUUGGUCGCAAAUGGGUCUUCCAAAUGGACAGUGACCCCAAGCAUACUUCCAAAGUUGUGGCAAAAUGGCUUAAGGACAACAAAGUCAAGGUAUUGGAGUGGCCAUCACAAAGCCCUGACCUCAAUCCUAUAGAACAUGUGUGGGCAGAACUGAAAAAGCGUGUGCAAGCAAGGAGGCGUACAAACCUGACUCAGUUACACCAGCUCUGUCAGGAGGAAUCGGCUAAAAUUCACCCAACUUAUUGUGGGAAGCUUGUUGAAGGCUACCUGAAACGUUUGACCCAAGUUAAUCAAUUGAAAGGCAAUGCUACCAAAUACUCAUUGAGUGUAUGUAAACUUCUAACCCACUGGGAAUGUGAUGAAAGAAAUUAAAGCUGAAAUAAAUCAUUCUCUCUACUAUUAUUCUGACAUUUCACAUUCUUAAAAUAAAGUGGUGAUCCUAACUGACCUAAGAAUUUGAAUUUUUACUAGGAUUAAAUGUCAGGAAUUGUGAAAAACUGAGUUUAAAUGUAUUUGGCUAAGGUGUAUGUAAACUUCCGACUUUAACUGUAUGUACAAACGGAGUACGCAUUCGAGAAAUGCCCUCCGGGCUCCGUUUCACAUACUUUGAUUUGGACUCAUCCUUCGACCUUCCCGUGCUCCAAUUUACGUGCUCAGGCAGGGUAGUAUGCAUUUUGAGAAACACCCCUUGUCACUGAGAAUAUGUUCCUCAUUUGAAACAGGUGGCACAACACACAUAUCUUCUGACAUGCUCCUCUUAGUGAAAUUUCACAGUUCCUCAUUUCACUUUCAUGUUUAAAAUAAACUGGUAGUGUUGUUGUCGAGAACUGUCACGCCCUGGCUCUGGGGACACUGUUAUGUUGAGCCAGGGUGUGUAAUUCUAUGUUUGUAUUUCUAUGUUGGCCUGAGUGACUCCCAAUCAGAGGCAACGAGUGUCAGCUGGUUGUCUCUGAUUGGGAGCCAUAUUUAACUGUCUGUCUUUCACUUUGUGUUUGUGGUUUCUUGUUCGGUUUGUGUUCAAACCGUAGACAUCACGUUUUUCGUCUGUUGUUUUGAUCGUGUGAUCAGUAUAAUAAUAAAUAUAAUGUUCGCAUUCAACGCUGCGCCUUGGUCUCUCCCUGACGAUCGUGACAAGAACUCACAGGCACUCACACACAGACUCACGUUAACACACACACAAAGACUCACGAAGAUAUUCACAUACAUGUACACACACACACAUAUCGUUCAAUAAUCUACAUGGCAAAGUAUGAUGACAGUAUGCAAUGUGAUGAAAUGUUUCCAAUCUACACCAUUAUUAUUUUCAAAAUUCUUCAAGCUCUGUCAAAUUAGUUGUUGAUCAUUGCUAGACAACAAUUUUCAGGGCUUACCAUACGGCCUCAUGGUGAAAUCCCUAAGCGGUUUCCUUCCUCUCCGGCAACUGAGUUAGGAAGGACGCCUGUAUCUUUGUAGUGAUUGGGUGUAUUGAUACACCAUCCGAAGUGUAAUUAAUAACUUCACCCUGCUCAAAGGGAUAUUCAAUGUCCGUUUUUUUUACCCAUCUACCAAUAGGUGCCCUUCUUUGCAAGCCAUUGGAAAACCUCCCUGGUCUUUGUGGUUGAAUCUGUGUUUGAAAUUCACUGCUCGACUGAGGGACCUUACAUAUAAUUCAUUGUAUAUGUGGAGUACAGAGAUGAGGUAGUCAUUCAAAAAUCAUAUUAAACACUAUUAUUGCACACUGAGUGAGUCCAUGUAAUGUAUUAUGUGACUUAUUAAGCAAAUGUUUACUCCUGAACUUAUUUAGGCUUCCUUAACAAAGAAGUUGAAUACUUAUUAACUCAAGACAUUUCAGUUUAGAAAAACAUAAUUCCACUUUGACAUUAUAGGGUAGUACAGUGCCUUCGUAAAGUAUUCAGACCCCUUGACUUUUCCACAGUUUGUUACGUUACAGCCUUAUUAAAAAAAAUAUUUUUUUUAUCCCCCUCAUCAAUCUACACACAAUAGCCCGUAAUGACAAAGCAAAAACAGGUUCUUAGAAAUGUUUGCUAAUAUAUUACAAAUAAAAAACUGAAAUAUCACAUUUACAUAAGUAUUCAAACCCUUUACUCAGUACUUUGUUGAAGCACCUUUGGCAGCGAUUACAGCAUCAAGUCGUCUUAGGUAUGACGCUAAAAACUUGGCACACCUGUAUUUGGGGAGUUUCUCCCAUUCUUCUCUGCAGAUCCUCUCAAGCUCUGUCAGGUUGGAUGGGGAGCAUUGCUGCACAGCUAUGUUCAGGUCUCUCCAGAGAUGUUCGAUUGGGUUCUAGUCCGGGUUCUGGCUGGGCCACUCAAAGAAAUUCAGAGACUUGUCCCGAAGCCACUCCUGCAUUGUCUUGGCUGUGUGCUUAGGGUUGUUGUCCUGUUGGAAGGUGAACCUUCACCUCAGUCUGAGGUCCUGAGUGCUCUGGAGCAGGUUUUCAUUAAGGAUCUCUCUGUACUUUGCUCCGUUCAUCUUUGCCUCGAUCCGGACUAGUCUCCCAGUCCCUGCCACUGAAAAACAUCCCCACAGCAUGAUGCUGCCACCACCAUGCUUCACCGUAGGGAUGGUGCCAGGUUUACUCCAGAUGUGAGGCUUGGCAUUCAGGCUAAAGAGUUCAAUCUUGGUUUCAUCAGACCAGAGAAUCUUGUUUCUCAUGGUCUGAGAGUCUUUAGGUGCCUUUUGGCAAACUCCAACGGGCUGUCAUGUGCCUUUUACUGAGGAGUGGCUUCCGUCUGGCCACUCUACCAUAAAGGCCUGAUUGGUGGAGUGCUGCAGAGAUGGUUGUCCUUCUGGAAGGUUCUCCCAUCUCCACAGAGGAACUCUAGAGCUCUGUCAGAGUGACUACCGGGUUCUUGGUCACCUCCCUGACCAAGGCCCUUCUCCCCCGAUUGCUCAGUUUGGCCAGGAAGAGUCUUGGUGGUUCCAAACUUCUUCCAUUUAAGAAUGAUGGAGGCCACUGUGUUCUUGGGGACCUUCAAUGCUGCAGAAAUGUUUGGUACACUUCCCCAGAUCUGUGCCUCAACACAAUCCUGUCUCGGAGCUCUAUGGACAAUUCCUUCAACCUCAUGAGCUUAGUUCAACUAGGGUUGCAAAGCUACCUGUAAUUUACCAAAGUUAACGGAAUCUUGGGUCAUUUUGGUAAUUAACAGAACAUCUAUGGCAAUCUAUGGUAACUUUUGUAAUUUAUACUUGAAUAACUUAAAAAAUAUAUAUUCAUAUAUAGUAUCGAUUUUUUAUAUCUGUGUCCAUGUUGUCCAUGAGUUUCUAAUUAUUUCAUAUAUUGUACAUGUGAUAAGGCCACACAGAAGGCCAGAAAUAAUUACAGACACCUGUGAUAAUCUGAAGUACCCAAAAAUGCAACUAGAUUUAAUCUUACAAAAUUCCAAAUAAACCUUGAAAGUUACAAAAAUUCUGGUAGUUUACUGUUAAACCUCAAACGUUUCCAGUAAUAUCUUAGCUAGCACAUUUGGUUCCUUGUGGGAACGUACAUUUUUGGUUUCCCAUUGGUCCUGGGAACAAAGCCACACACAAACGGAAAUUCAUCUGUUUAGGCAUUAAUCAGCAAACACAUUUCUUUUUUUAUUGUGGCAUGGCGUCAGUGAGAGUCAAACCUAUGAUCUUCUUUUCUCUAGCCUUCACUGAUACAAAGCUGUUAAUUUUAGUCUAUUUAAUUAGACCCCAUAUCAAAGGAAACAAGCGCUCAUUAAGAUCGGGUGUGUCCAAUUAGAGGGCGCGGACAACACACCUGAACACACUUAACAAGAUAGAGGAUAGAGAGAGUUUUGUUGACGCUGAGAACAGAAUGUAUAUGUUUUUAAAUAACAUUCUUAGAACAUUCUUUGAAUAUUACUAAUGUUUUCUUGUGUUUUUUAUGGAAAGUUUUCUUAAUGUUCUGAGAACAUGACUUUAAAUAGAACCAUGAGGAAACCUGCAGAAAACAUUAUGCUGUAGUACUGAAAUUCCCACAGAAGAAUGUUGUUUCUUAACAUUCUCGGAACGUUCUAAGAACAUAAUUUUAAAUAGAACCAUGAGGAAACCUGUAGAAAACGUUAUGCUAAAGUACUGAAAUUCCCACCUAAGAAACAUGGUUCUCAGAAUGUUAUGUGCUAGCUGGGUAUCCUGUACCAUUCCCAGAACAUUGUGGGAAGGUUGUAUGCAAAAUAACCAUAGGACAACCAUGCUCUCACCAAGCUCUAAGAAACAUAUGGAACGUUUUGUGCUAGCUGGGAUACCCUCCAUUUGCAACCCAAGUCGUACCCCAUCAGAACCCAAAGUAUACGUUUAUUUUACUUCAAUGUUUGUAAAUAAUGUGAAAUGUAAACAAACACUGUAUAGCCUCAAAACAUGGUUAAAACUAUACAUUUGAUAUCAUAGAUGGUCAGUCCUGGCAUCCAUAGCUCUGUCUAUUAAUCUGAGAGUGGUUACAUUUCGCCAGACCCAUCCCUUAGCUUUUUAGAGAAAGAGGCACAGGGAGAACGUAUUUUCAAUGAAGGAUUCUAGCCAUAAGCCAAUCCAAAGUGGGUUGGAAAGGAACGGAUAGCGCUAAUAACUCCGGUUCUAGUUCCUGUUAGAGCUCUGUAACACCAAGGCUGUGCCCUGGUCCCACUACUCCCAGCCUGACAGUAGUAGAGUGAGAAAUAGCAACAUUAAAAAAUUUAAACCCUGCACGAAGACAGGCCUUCAGAACUCCAUAAAAAAUGCAUGGGCCGGUCCUCUCACACUGCCAAGAGAGGGGCCUACUACUGUGUGUGUUUGUGUGCGUGUGUGUGUGUGUGUAAGUGAAAUACACUAACAUGUCUAUGCUUGUGGUGGAAUUGAUUCUAUUAAUUCCUUUUGUGUUUCCAUUUGACUGUUUUAGUUCUGUUUCCAUAUUGUACAUCUGUUUAGCUUUGCUCAGUAUCUUUUCUCAGUUCUGGGUUCUAUUAAUAUACAGCCUGAAUUUAAAAUGGAUGAAAUAUGUUUUGUCACUGGCCUACACACAACACCCUAUAAAGUCAAAGUGGAAUUGUGUUUUUCUACAUUUUUACAAAUUAAUAAAAAAUGAAAAGCUGAAAGCUCUUGAGUCAAUAAGUAUUUACCACAAAGACCAGGGAGGUUUUCCAAUGCCUCGCAAAGAAGGGCACCUACUGGUAGAUGGCAGAGACAAAAAAGACAUUGAAUCAGUGGAGGCUCCUCAGAGGAGGAAGGGGAGGAUCAUCCUCCUCAGUGAAUUUCAUUUAAAAAAAUUAAAUCAUUUUUAGAUAGAAAUAUAAUAAAUAUAUUCACGUCACCAAAAAAUUGAUAAAACACACUGUUUUGCAAUGAAGGUCUACAGUAGCCUCAGCAGCACUCUGUAGUGUGCAUCAUGGUGUAGCCGGAGGACAGCUAGCGUCUGUCCUCCUCUGGCUACAUUGACUUCAAUACAAAACCUAGGAGGCUCAUGGUUCUCACCCCCUUCCAUAGACUUACACAGUAAUGAUGACAACUUCCGGAGGACGUCCUCCAACCUAUCAGAGCUCUUGCAACAUGAACUGACAUGUUGUCUACCCAAUCAAUGGAUCAGAGAAUUAAUCUAGUACUGAAAGCAUAAGUUACAGCUAGCUAGCACUGCAGUGCAUCAAAUGUGGUGAGUAGUUGACUCAAGUGAAAGACAAUAGUUGAACAGUUUUUAACAAAUUAAUUUCUUCCAAAAUUAAGGAGAAGCGAGAGAGAGAGCUAUAUUUGGUUGUAUUAUUUUAAACUUUCACUUUCACUUGCGAAUGCAGCUAGCUAGUUUAGCCUACUAAAACACCCAGCUCAAACAGAGAGGGAUGCUAUGUUAGCUAGCUGGCUAUGGCUAUUCAACACUGGAACUUUUUAAGUCUAGGUAAGCUUUUGGUUGUAUUAAUUUAUUGUCACUGUGACCACCGGAGUAACUGCUAAACUGCAUUCUGACUGUACACUGUACUGCAUGAUUGUAGCGGGUUUAUUCAUGCGUUAGUUCUAGUAUGUUGACUAUGACGUGACAAUGAUGUAGGCUGUAUGUAGCUGUUAGCGGUCAUGAUAUGAAGGUUUGGCUUGGAAAGGUUUUUUCGCCUGGUCACAGACAGCUGAUGUGUUGUACACUGAAGUCCACAAACAAAGAGAAAAGGUGAGAGGAGGAGAGUGCACAGAUACAGUGGGGGAAAAAAGUAUUUAGUCAGCCACCAAUUGUGCAAGUUCUCCCACUUAAAAAGAUGAGAGAGGCCUGUAAUUUUCAUCAUAGGUGCACAUCAACUAUGAUAGACAAAAUGAAUUUUUUUUUCUCCAGAAAAUCACAUUGUAGGAUUGUUAAUGAAUUUAUUUGCAAAUUAUGGUGGAAAAUAAGUAUUUGGUCAAUAACAAAAGUUUCUCAAUACUUUGUUAUAUACCCUUUGUUGGAAAUGACACAGGUCAAAAGUUUUCUGUAUGUCUUCACAAGGUUUUCACACACUGUUGCUGGUAUUUUGGCCCAUUCCUCCAUGCAGAUCUCCUCUAGAGCAGUGAUGUUUUGGGGCUGUCGCUGGGCAACACAGACUUUCAACUCCCUCCAAAGAUUUUCUAUGGGGUUGAGAUCUGGAGACUGGCUAGGCCACUCAAGGACCUUGAAAUGCUUCUUACGAAGCCACUCCUUCGUUGCCCGGGCGGUGUGUUUGGGAUCAUUGUCAUGCUGAAAGACCCAGCCACGUUUCAUCUUCAAUGCCCUUGCUGAUGGAAGGAGGUUUUCACUCAAAAUCUCACGAUAAAUGGCCCCAUUCAUUCUUUCCUUUACACGAAUAAGUCGUCCUGGUCCCUUUGCAGAAUAACAGCCCCAAAGCAUGAUGUUUCCACCCCCAUGCUUCACAGUAGGUAUGGUGUUCUUUGGAUGCAACUCAGCAUUCUUUGUCCUCCAAACACGACGAGUUGAGUUUUUACCAAAAAGUUAUAUUUUGGUUUCAUCUGAUCAUAUGACAUUCUCCCAAUCCUCUUCUGGAUCAUCCAAAUGCACUCUAGCAAACUUCAGACGGGCCUGGACAUGUACUGGCUUAAGCAGGGGGACACGUCUGGCACUGCAGGAUUUGAGUCCCUGGCGGCGUAGUGUGUUACUGAUAGUAGGCUUUGUUAUUUUGGUCCCAGCUCUCUGCAGGUCAUUCACUAGGUCCCCCUGUGUGGUUCUGGGAUUUUUGCUCACCGUUCUUGUGAUCAUUUUGACCCCACAGGGUGAGAUCUUGCGUGGAGCCCCAGAUCGAGGGAGUUUAUCAGUGGUCUUGUAUGUCUUCCAUUUCCUAAUAAUUGCUCCCACAGUUGAUUUCUUCAAACCAAGCUGCUUACCUAUUGCAGAUUCAGUCUUCCCAGCCUGGUGCAGGUCUACAAUUUUGUUUCUGGUGUCCUUUGACAGCUCUUUGGUCUUGGCCAUAGUGGAGUUUGGAGUGUGACUGUUUGAGGUUGUGGACAGGUGUCUUUUAUACUGAUAACAAGUUCAAACAGGUGCCAUUAAUACAGGUAACGAGUGGAGGACAGAGGAGCCUCUUAAAGAAGAAGUUACAGGUCUGUGAGAGCCAGAAAUCUUGCUUGUUUGUAGGUGACCAAAUACUUAUUUUCCACCAUAAUUUGCAAAUAAAUUCAUAAAAAAUCCUACAAUGUGAUUUUCUGGAUUUUUUUUCUCUCAAUUUGUCUGUCAUAAUUGACGUGUACCUAUGAUGAAAAUUACAGGCCUCUCUCAUCUUUUUAAGUGGGAGAACUUGCACAAUUGGUGGCUGACUAAAUACUUUUUUUCCCCACUGUAGUUGCGAUAAGGAAUUAUAUAUACAACGAGCAAACUGAUCAUGCUGUUUUUAUGUGGCUGCUAUGAAAGUGAACUGUGUUUGCGUGUGAUCAGGGAUGUAUUCAUUCCGUCUAUUCUGUUGAAAAACGCUUCUUAAAUGGAAGCAAACUGAACGAAAUGGGGACAUACAUACCUGAAUUUGUCCAAUAGAAACUCUCAUUUGCAACUGUUGGACUAAUGAUUACACCCUAGAUCAGCUAUAUGCAGGCAAGAAUGUGCAAGACAGUAUUGAAUGUGUCACUGUCUGUCACCUUGAUUACUCAAAAUGAUCUCGACCUGUGCACCUAUGUUGUAACCUUUAAUUCAUAGGUGGGUACAGGGAAAAUUUGAGUAUCAUGUAUUAGCCUAAACCUGUCGAUGUUACAUUGAGCUGGGUGAAUGGAAUAUGAAUGACAGUCAUCCAAUAUGCUAUAAUAGAAAUAAGGCCAUGAUCAUAUAUAUAUAUUUUUUUAAACAUCCUCCCUCAUCUUAAAUGGCACCGACUGCCACUGCAUUGAAUAUCUCUUUGAGAAUGGUGAUGUUAUUAAUUACAUCUGAGUCAUUUAGCAGACACUCUUAUCCAGAACGACUUACAGAAGUGAGUGCAUACAUUUUCAUACUUUUUUCAUACUGGUCCCCCGUGGGAAUCGAACCCUGGCGUUGCAAGCACCAUGCUCUAACUACUGAGCUACACGGGACCAAUUACACUUUGGAUGGUGAAUCAAUACACCCAGUCACUAUAAAGUUACAGGCUACCUUCCUAACUCAGUUGCCGGAGAGGAAGGAAACCGCUCAGGGAUUUCACCAUGAGUCCAAUGGUGAAUUUAAUGUUUAAUGGCUGUGAUAGGAAAAAAAAUUAUGAUGGAUAUACAACAUUGUAGUUACUCCACAAUACUAACCUAAUUGACAGAGGGAAAAGAAGGAAGCCUGUACAUGAUAAAAAAUAUUCCAAAACAUGCAUCCUGUUUGCAACAAGGCACUAAAGUAAUAUUGCAACAAAACAAAAAUGGCAAAGCAAUUCACUUUUUGUCCUGAAUACAAAGUGUUAUGUUUCGGGCAUAUCCAAUACAACACAUUACUGAGUACCACUCUCCAUAUUUUCAAGCAUAGUGGUGGCUGCAUCAUAUUAUGGGUAUGCUUGUAAUCGUUAAGGACUGGGGAGUUUCUCAGGAUGAAAAAUAAAAACGGAAUGGAGCUAAGCGCAGCCAAAAUCCUAGAGAAACCCUGGUUCAGUCUGCUUUCCACCAGAAACUGGGAGAUGAAUUUACCUUUCUGCAGGACAAUAACCUAAAACAGAAGGCCAAAUCUACACUGGAGUUGCUUACCAAGAAGACAGUGAAUGUUCCUGAGAGGCCGAGUUACAGUUUAGACUUAAAUCUACUUGAAAAUCUAUGGCAAGGCCUGCAAAUUGUUGUCUCGCAAUGAUCAACAACCAAUUUGACAGAGCUUGAAGUAUUUUGAAAAUAAUAAUGGGCAAAUGUAGCACAAUCCAGGUGUGGAAAGCGCUUAGAGACUUAUCCAGAAAGUCUCACAGGUGUAAUCACAACCAAAGGUGCUUUUACAAACUAUUGAAUCAGGGGUGUGAAUACAGUGGGGGAAAAAAGUAUUUAGUCAGCCACCAAUUGUGCAAGUUCUCCCACUUAAAAAGAUGAGAGAGGCCUGUAAUUUUCAUCAUAGGUACACGUCAACUAUGACAGACAAAUUGAGAGAAAAAAAAUCCAGAAAAUCACAUUGUAGGAUUUUUUAUGAAUUUAUUUGCAAAUUAUGGUGGAAAAUAAGUAUUAUAAGUAUACAUUACUCUGACUGAAUUUCCACGUGGGCGAGGAUAUUUGAAAUUUAAUCAAAGCCUAUUGGAUGAUAAUUUAUUUAUAAUUAGAACAAAGGAAUUUAUAACUGACUUUUUCCAACAUAACAUAGGUACAGCGAAUCCCCUUAUUGUAUGGGACACCUUUAAAUGUGCCUUUAGAGGCCAUGCAAUUCAGUACUCAUCUCGAAAACAAAAGCAAUUUAGGUCAAAAGAGUUUAUACUAAGAAAGGAAAUAGAAAGUCUAACAGAACAGAUAGAUGGCAAUAAAAACUGUAACAUAGAGGCUCAGAAUAAAUUAGAGGAAAAACAAAAAGAAAUGGAAAAACUUAUUCAAGAAAGAUCAAGUGUAAUGUAUUAUAAAAAUAAAGCAAACUGGAUGGAAUAUGGGGAAAAAUGCACAAAAUUCUUUUUUAAUCUUCAACAUAGGAAUGCUACCAAAAAGAACUUAAUGAAACUGGUUACAAUUGACGGAGUCACCCAUAAUUCACCUAAUGAUAUUUUGAAGGAAGAAACAAAGUACUUUAAGCAUAUGUUUUCUUUUCAGUCGCCUCCAUCUCCUCUAACUGAAGCUAAUUGUAGAGAUUUUUUUUCUAUUGAUAAUGUCAAAUUAACAGCCACACAGAAAGACUCAUGUGAAGGUGAAAUUACAGAGGAGGAACUUCUGGAUGCAAUUAAAGACUUUAAGUCCGGGAAAACUCCAGGGUUGGAUGGCAUACCAAUCGAGGUAUACCAAACCUUUUUUGAUAUACUAAGAGGACCGUUAUUAGCAUGUUUUAACCACUCCUAUGUAAAUGGUAGAUUAUCUGACACUCAAGAAGAAGGUCUGAUCUCAUUAUUACUGAAACAGGAUACAAGUGGAAAAUAUAAAGAUCCAGUCCAUUUACAAAAUUGGAGGCCCCUUACACUUCAGUGUUGUGAUGCAAAAAUCCUAGCAAAAUGUAUAGCGCAUAGAAUUAAAAAGGUAUUGUCGGAUAUUAUUCAUUCUAAUCAGACAGGUUUUUUACAUGGAAGAUACAUUGGAGAUAAUAUAAGGCAAGUAUUGGAAACAAUAGAACACUAUGGAAAAUAUGGGAAACCAGGCCUGCUAUUCAUAGCAGACUUCGAAAAGGCAUUUGAUAAAGUUCGACUGGGAUUUAUAUAUAAAUGCCUGGAGCAUUUCAAUUUUGGAGAAUCUCUUAUAAAAUGGGUCAAAAUCAUGUAUAGUAACCCUAGGUGUAAAAUAGUAAAUAAUGGCUAUUUCUCAGAAAGUUUUAAACUGUCAAGAGGAGUGAAACAAGGUUGUCCACUAUCGGCAUAUCUAUUUAUUGUGGCCAUCGAGAUGUUAGCUAUUAAAAUCAGAUCCAAUAAUAAUAUCAGAGGAUUAGAAAUACAGGGCUUAAAAACAAAGGUGUCAUUGUACGCAGAUGAUUCAUGUUUUCUUUUAGAUCCACAACUAGAAUCCCUCCACAGCCUCAUAGAGGAUCUAGAUACAUUUUCUAACCUCUCUGGAUUAAAACCAAAUUAUGACAAAUGUACUAUAUUACGUAUUGGAUCACUAAAAAAUACAAUUUUUACAUUACCAUGUAGUUUACCAAUAAAAUGGUCUGAUGGUGAUGUGGAUAUACUCGGAAUACAUAUCCCAAAGGAAAUAAAUGAUCUCACUUCAAUACAUUUUAAUAGAAAGUUAGCAAAAAUAGAUAAGAUCUUACUAACAUGGAAAGGAAAAUACCUGUCAAUUUGUGGAAAAAUCACCCUGAUUAACUCUUUAGUAUUAUCCCAGUUUACCUAUUUGCUUAUGGUCUUGCCUACGCCUAGCAAACAGUUUUUUAAAUUAUAUGAGAAAAAAAUAUUCAAUUUUAUUUGGAACGGCAAGCCAGACAAAAUUAAAAGAGCAUAUUUAUAUAAUGAAUAUGAAUUCGGAGGACAGAAAUUAUUAAAUAUUAAAGCAUUAGACCUAUCACUAAAAUCUUCAGUCAUCCAAAAGUUAUACUUAAAUCCGAACUGGUUCUCAAGCAAAUUAGUAAGAUUGUCUCACCCACUGUUCAAGAAAGGCCUUUUUCCCUUUAUUCAGAUUACAACCUCUCACUUUCAGUUAUUUGAAAAGGAAAUAAUCUCCCAAAUGUCACUAUUUCUAAAACAAGCCAUAGAAAGUUGGUUGCAAUUUCAAUUUAAUCCUCCAGAAACGACAGAACAAAUAAUGCAACAAAUAUUGUGGUUAAAUUCAAAUAUACUAAUUGACAAAAAACCUUUAUUUUUUGACAGAAUGUUUAAAAAAGGUAUAAUCUUCGUAAAUGAUAUCAUCGGUAGGACUGGUGGAGUUAUGUCGCACAUGCAGCUAACAAAAACAUAUGGAAAUGUCUGCUCUACCCAAAAUUACAACCAAAUAAUUGCAGCCUUACCGCAAAAGUGGAAGAGGAAAGUUGAAGGGGGAGAAAGUAAGGAACUUGUCUGUCGGCCUUGCAUUAAAGAACAUAAUUGGUUAAGGAAAACUGUGAUAAAUAAAAAAGUAUAUCAGUUUCACUUAAGGACCAAAGGAUUGACAGCCGUCCCAUAUAGAUUGCAAAAUAGUUGGGAAGAGAUCUUUGACGUACCGAUCCCAUGGCAUAGUGUUUAUGAACUGACACGCAAAACGACACCGGAUUCAAAAAUUUGAAUCUUUCAAUUUAAAUUAUUAUAUACAAUUCUUGCUACCAAUAGAAUGUUAUUUAUAUGGGGGAUACAAUCUUCCCAGCUCUGCAGAUUUUGCUGUGAAGAGAUAGAAUCAUUAGAUCAUUUGUUUUGGUUCUGUCCAUUUGUAGCUUGUUUUUGGACACAGGUCCAGGAAUGGCUAAAGGAUUGCAAUAUUUACCUGGAACUAACCUUGCAGAUAGCAUUACUGGGUGAUCUGAAAAGUCAUAGUCAAUCAAUCAAUAAUAUAAUAAUACUUUUAGCAAAAAUGUUUAUUUUUAAUUCACAAUCUGUAGAAGCAAUGAGAAUAGAAAGGUUCAGAACUUUUGUAAAACAUCACAGUACGGUUGAAAUAUAUAUGGCAAAUAGAAAUCCUAUAUGGAUGGUGUUAAGAGAUAGAUGGGAGGUAUUGAAUAGAGUUGAAGGAUGGGACUAAUAACAAAUAACAACAAAUAAUAACAAAGAUAGCUAAUAAUGUAAGCAUACUGUGUCCAUAAUAAGUAUAUAGGUUGUAUGUUGGGAGCUUUUGGGAAAGAGCACAGUUAGAAAGAUAUGGCAUUUAGAAGCAAACCGGAUGGACAUCAUGAAAAUGAUCGGAGAGGUUGAGAGUAGAAUAAGUUCAGGAGCAAAAAAUAAAUAAAAAUAAAAUAUAUAUAUAUAUAUAGAAUUAUUGUAAAAUUAACUCUGUCCAUAAGGUGUAGAUAGUAAGUAUAGACCGGAAGUAGAGGCCGGGGCGUUGUUGUUCACUAAUUUACUCCAAGUAGGGAAAGGAUGGUGGGGUUGAAAAGUAAUAAAGGGGAAUAUAUAUAUAAAAAAUAAAAAUAAACAUGGGGGAUUGGAAGUGAUGCAGACAAUUACAUUGAUAGAAGAUACAAUAUAUCUGCAAUAUUAAGCUGAUCCGUUCCCCCCCCCCAAAAAAAAUAAAAAAAUAAAAAAAUUAAAAUAUAUAUAAAUAAAAAAUAUAUAUAUAUAAGUAUUAAAAAAUAUUAAAAAAAUAUAAAAAAAAUUUUUUGCAGAUGCUUUUAUCCAACGCAACUUACAUUCAGGCGUGUGUAGCACAUAGGGAUGUGGGAAACAUAGUCAUCAGCCUGAAGUGUCCCAAUUGCAUGCCAAAAAGCUAGCUUUUCACGUGGUGUUAUGCUUCAGGAGGGCGGUCACAUGUGCUAGCAAAGCAGAAGUCCUGGGUUCAAGCCUCGGUGUGAAACAAAUCAGGAGGAAGUGGUACUCGCUAAGCAAGCAGCGUGACAUCCUUUGCACAUUUUUUUUAUAUGGGUGGCCCCAGGAAUCGAACCACUAUCCUGGCAUUGCAAGCACCAUGCUCUACCAACUGAGUUACAUAGGACCACUGUAUUAUAUACGGUUCAGUAUCAAUCUCAAAGGACUCUGACAAUAGCAUGCUAGUUAGUUUGUCUUUUUCUUUCUAAUGACUGCAACGGGACCUUCUGAGAGAUGCCUUUUUCUGGAGCCCUAUGAAUAUGACCAGGAGUAAUAAGGACCAGGAAAAACAAUAUUUUGUUGUUCAAUAGAGAACUAUGAUAUUCUGGCCUCAGACCCAUACUGCAGCACUGUGGACAGUGUAGGGUUCCGUUCAGGAGAGUGGAGUAUAUUUGUACGUGUGUGUGUAUGUGUGUGUAUGCAGGCUAUUUAAUGCUGCAUAACUCCUGCUCCAUAACUCCUGCUCCAUUGCAUCUGAUCUGAAAACAGUAACAAACAAACAAACACACACACACACACACACACACACAAACACACACACACACACACACACACACAGAGCUAUGCGUUAUACUUGUGAGGAUGUUUUGGGGACCAACAAUUGAUUCCCAUAAAAAAUUAUAUUCUCUGAAUUUUUGUUGGUUUUAUAAUUGUGAGGACUUCUGGCACACACACACACCACACAGACACACAACACACCACACACACACAACACACACACACACACACACACACACACCACACACAACACACACACAGUCUUGCGCUGCUAACCUAUUUUCUCUAACCCCUAACCCUAAACCGUACCCUUACCAUAAACCUAAUUCUAACCCUAACACUAAUUCUAACCUUAACCCUAAACCCCCUAGAAAUAGCAUUUGACCUUGUGGGGAUCAACAAAAUGUCCCCAGUUGGUCAAAUGUUUCUUGUUUACUAUUUCUGGUCCGCACAAGUAUAGUUAAACACGUCCAAACACACACACACACCACCCAACACACACACACCACACACACACACACACACACACACACACACCACACCACACACACACACACACACACACACACACACACACACACACCACACACACACACACACACACACACCACCACACACACACACACACACACACACACACACACACACACACACCACACACACACACACACACACACACACACCACACACACACACCUCCCCAGCUGCCGAUAUGGAGCUCGGUUCACAUAUUGAUUCAAUUGUCCCCAACUAAUCAUUACAAGCUUCACCCAUGGCUGGGCCUGUACAUGAAGACUUAUGACACUGUCGGAUUUGAGAUGAACUGCCAUGUUUGUGAGAGAGUCUGUGUGUGUCAUGAAAGUAGAAGUUCAACUUUAACUUUAAGAAGUUCAAGCUGACCAGAUGACAGUGAUAGUGCCGAGCGAUUAGUGGUUUUUGAGGUCGGUUCGGUUUCGGUUCUAUUAUUUUACGGUUUUUGGUGUUGAUUAUUUCUUUAGAUGUUAAAUGCACUUUGCAUUAUAUGGGUUGAAUGCUGUAACACAGAAUAAAACAAUUAAUAAAAGUCCCAUGAUGGUAGUGACUGCCCAUUUGUCACGGAUUCAGCCGAGGCUGCUCCUCCUCCUUGCUCGGGCAGGCUUCGGCGUUCGUCGUCACCGGAGUACUGGCUGCUACCAAUCUAUGUUUCUGUGUUCUACUUGUCUUGUCUUUAUUGUUCACACCUGGUUCCCAUUAGGUAUUGAUUACUUCCCUAUUUAACCCUCUGGCUCCCACUGUAUGUUGUGCGUGUUUGUUCAUGUUUGGUUGUCGUCUGGUGAGCGGGUUUGUUCCUCCCUGCGUGGAGGUUAUGUUAUUUACGUUACCUACGAGUAAAGUACGUUUUCGAUUAGCUCUGUGUCCUGCGCCUGACUUCAUCCUACCGCAUCACACUGACACCCUGACACCAUUACUGCUGAUCACUUAUUAACCAUCAUUUAUUCACAUGACUUAUUUGUUUUAUUUGUGACUUUAAUAUUUAAUUCCAAGUCUCUGUAGAGUUGCUGCCUAUGCUGUCUGACAAAAUCACUAUUUGAGUAGUUCUUCAAAGUAAAUAAGGCAUACUAACUAUCAAUCACUUAGUUCAUGUAUUUUCGGCUGGCGAAGCAACUGCUUUCUAUUCCUGAAAAGUUACCGGCUACCUUCCUAACUCAUUGCCCGGAGAGGACGGAAACCGCUCAGAGGAUUGCACCAUGAGUCCAAUGGUGAAUUUAAUGUUUUAAUGCUGUGUAGGAAAAAAAAUUAUGAUGGAUAUACCAACAUUGUAGUUACUCCACAAUACUAACCUAAUUGCAUAGGGAAAGAAGGAAUCCUGUACAUUAUAAAAAUAUUCCAAAACAUGACCUGUUUUGCACCAAGGGCACUAAAGUAAUAUUGGCAACAAAACAAAAAUGGCAAAGAAUUCACUUUUUGUCCUGAAUACAAAGUGUUAUGUUCGGCAUAUCCAUACAGACACAUUACUGAGUACCACUCUCCAUAAUUUUUCAAGCAUAGUGGUGGCUGCAUCAUAUAUGGGUAUGCUUGGUAAUCGUUAAGGACUGGGGAGGUUCUCAGGAUGAACAAUAAAAACGGAAUGGAGCUAAGCGCAGGCCCAAAUCCCUAGAGAAACCCCUGGGUUCAGUCUGCUUUCCCCCACCCGAAACGGAGAGAAUUUACCUUUCUGCCGGACAAUAACCUAAAACAAGAAGGCAAAUCCUACACCUGGAGUUGCUUUACCAAGAAUACAUGAAAUGUUCCUGAGAGGCCGAGUUACACGUUUGUACUUAAAUCUACUUGAAAAAUCUAUGGCAAGGCCUGCAAAUUGUUGUCUUCGCAAUGAUCAACACCAAUUUGACAGAGCUGAAGUAUUUUUGAAAUCAUAAUGGGCAAGUUAGCCCAACCAGGUGGUGGAAAGCGCUAGAGACUUAUCCCCGAAAGUCUCACAGGUGGUAAUCACAACAAUUUGCUUUUAGUAACAAACGAUUGAAUCAGGGGUGUGGAAUACAUUUGGGGCAAAAAUUAUUUAGAUCAGCCCCAAUUGUGGCAAGUCUCCACUGUAAAAAGAUGAGAGAGGACCCCCUGUACCUUUCAUCAUAGGUCCACGUCAACUAUGACAUACAAAUUGAGGAGAAAAAAAAUCCAGAAAAUCACAUUGUAUGAUUUUUUAUGAAUUUAUUUGCAAAUUUGGUGGAAAAAUGAGUAUUAUAAGUAUACAUUACUCUGACUCUAGAAUUGCCACGUGGGCGAGGUAUUUGAAACUUUAACAAAGCCGUAUAUUCGUGGAACGCUUUGUGAUAUACCUUGACUAUUGUACAUAUACUAUAAUUGAGAACAAAGGAAUGUAUAAUGACGUUUCCAACAUAACCUAGGUAACAAGCGAAUCCCCUUAUGGUAUGUGUACCACCUUUAAAUGUGCCUUUUGAGGCAUCAAUUCAGUACUCAUCUCGAAAACAAAGCAAUUUAGGUCAAAAGAGUUUUAUACUAAAAGGAAAGAGAAAGUCUAUAACAGAACGAUAGAUGGGGGCGGGCAAUAAACACUUGUAACAUAGAUCUCAGAAUAAAUUAGGAAAGAAAAAAGACUGUGGAAAAACUUAUUCAGAAAGAUCAAGUGUAAUGUUUAAUAAAACUAAAGCAACUGGAUGGCAUAUGGGGAAAACUGAACAAAUUCUUUUUUAAUCUUCAACUAAGGAAUGCUAACCAAAAGAACUUAAAUGAACUGGUUACCAUUGACGGAGUCACCCAUAAUUCCACCUAAUGAUAUUUGUGAAAGAGAAAACACAGUAACGUAAGCAAUCUGUUUUCUUGUUUCACAGUCCGCCUCCUCUCCUCUAACUGAAGCUAAUUGUAGAGAUUUUUUUUUUCUAUUGAUAAUGUCAAAUUAACAGCAACAGAAAGACUCAUGUGAAAGGUGAAUUACAAGAGGAGGCAAUUCUGGAUGCAAUUAAAUACUUUAGUCCGGGAAACUCCAGGUUGGAUGCAUCCAAUCGAGGUAUACCAAACCUUUUUUGAUAUACUAAGAUGACCGUUAUUUAGCAUGUUUUAAUAACCACUCCCUAUGUAAAUGGUAGAUUAUCUGCACUCCAAGAAGAAGGUCUGAUCUCAUUAUUACUGAACAGGAAUACAAGUGGAAAAUAAAGAUCCAGUCCAUUUUACAAAAUGGAGGCCCCUUACACUUCAGUGUUGUGUGCACAAUCCUAGCAAAAUGUUAGCGCAUAGAAUUAAAAAGUUAUUGUCGGAUAUUAUUCAUUCUAAUCAGACAGUUUUUUACUGGAGAUACAUGGAGAUAAUAUAAGCACGUCUGGACAAUGAACACUAGGAAACUAGGGAAACCCUGUCCUGCUAUUCAUAGCAGACUUCGAAAAUGCCUUUGAAUAAAGUUUCGACUGGGAUUUAUAUAUAGGCCUGGAGCAUUUUCAUUUUGGGAGAUCCUUAUAAAAUGGGUCAAAAUCCAGUAUAGUAACCCUAGGUGUAAAAUAGUAAAUAAUGGCUAUUUCUCAGAAAGUUUUUAAACUGUCCAAGAGGAGUGAAACACGGUUGUCCACUAUCGGCAUAUCUAUUUAUUGGGGCCAUCGAGAAUGUUCGCUAUUAAAAUCAGAUCCAUAAUAAUAUCAUAGGAUUAUAAAUACAAGGUCUUAAAAACAAAAGGUGUCAUUGUACGCCAAGAUGUUCUGUUUUCUUUUAGGAUCCACAACUAAAUCCGCUCCAUCACAGCCGUCUAGAGUAUCUAGAUACACAUUUUCUAACCUCUCUGGAUAAAACCCAAUUAUGACAAAUGACUAUAUUACGUAUUGGUUCACUAAAAACAAUUUUUACAUUACCAUGUGUUUUUACCAUAAAUGGUCUGAGGGUGAUGUGGAUAUACUCGGAAUACAUAUCCCAAAGGAAUCAAUGAUCUCACUUCAAUACAGUUUAAUAGAAAGUUCUCAAAAUAGAUAAGAUUUCGGGGGUUGGACUAACUGGAAAGGAAAAUACCUGUCAUUUGUGGAACAAUUCACCCGAUUAACUCUUUAGUAUUAUCGCCAGUUUACCUAUUUGCGGAUGGUCUGCCUACGCUAGCAACCAGUUUUUUAAAUUAUUUGAGAGAAAAAAUAUUCAAUUUUAUUUGGAACGGCAGCCAUACAAAAUUAAAAGACAAUAUUAUAAUAAUGCAUAUUAAGUCGGAGGACAGAAUUAUUAAAAAUAUUAACGCAUUAGACCUAUCAACUAAAAUCUUCAGUCAAUCCAAAGUCUAUACUUAAAAUCCGAACGGGUUCUCAAGCAAAUUAAGUAAGUUGUCUCACCCACGGUUUUCAGAAAGGCCGUUUUUCCCUUUAUUCAGAUUACAAUUACAACACAACCUUCUCCACUUUCAGUUAUUUGAAAAGGAAAUAAUCUCCCAAAUGUCACUAUUCUAAACCAGCCAUAGAAAGUUGGUUUCAAUUUCAUUCAUUUAAAUCCUCCAUAAACGACAGAACAAAUAAUGCAACAAUAUUGUGGUUAAAUGCACAAAUAUACUAAUUGACAAAAACCAAAAAACCUUUAUAUUUUUUGACAGAAUGUUUAAAAAAGGUUAAUCCUUUCGAAUAAUGAUAUCAUCGGUAGGGCUGGUGGAGUUAUGUCGCCCACAUGCAGCUAACAAACAUGGAAUGUCUGCUCUAACCCAAAAUUUACAACCAAAUAAUUGCAAAGCCUUACCGCAAAAGUGAAGAGGAAAAGUUGAAUGGGGAGAAAGUAAGGAACUUGUCUGUCGGUCCUUUGGCAUUUAAAGAACAUAUUGGGUUAAGGAACACUGUAUAAAUAAAAAAGUAUCUCAGUUUCACUAGGAAAACCAAAGGAUUGAACAGCCGUCCCAUAUAGAUUGCAAAAAUGAGUUGGGAAAGAGAUCUUUGGACGUACCGAUCGCCUAUGGCAUAGUGGUUUAUGAACUGACCACGCAAAACGACACCGGAUUCAAAAAUUUGAAUCUUUCAUUUAAAUUAUUAUCUACAAUUCUUGCUACCAUAGAAUGUUUUUAUAUGGGGGAUACAAUCUUCCCAGCUCUGCAGAUUUUGCUGUGAAGAGAUGAAUCAUUAGAUCAUUUGUUUUGGUUCUGUCCAUUUGGAGCUUGUUUUUGGACACAGUCCAGGAAUGGCUAAAGGAAAUUCAAUAUUUGACCUUGAACUAACCUUGCCAGAUAGCAUUACUGGGUGAAUCUGAAAGUCAUGUCCAUCAAUCAAUAAUGAUAAUAUACUUUUAGCAAAAAUGUUUAUUUUUUUUAAUUCACAAUCUGUAGAAGCCAUGAUAAUAGAAAGGUCAGAACUUUUGUAAAACAUCACAGUACGGUUGGAAAUAUAUAUGGCAAAUAGAAUCCAUAUGGAUGGUGUUAGAGAUAAUGGGAGGUAUUGAAUAGAUUUUGAAGGAUGGGACUAAUCAUACAACAAAUAUACAAAGACGCUUAAUAAUGUAAGCAUACUGUGUCCAUAAUAAGUUAUAUAGGUUUAUUUUUGGAUCUUUUGGGAAGAGCACAGUUAGAAAGAUAUGGCAUUUAGAAGCAAACCGGAGUGGACAUCAUGAAAAUGAUCGGAGAGGUUGAGAGUAGAAUAAGUUCAGGAGCAAAAAAUAAAUAAAAAAAAAUAUAAUAUAUAUAUAGAAGUUAUUGUAAAUUAACUCUGUCCAUAAGGUGUAGAUAGUAAGUAUAGACCGGAAGUAGAGGCCGGGGCGUUGUUGUUCACUAAUUUACUCCAAGUAGGGAAAGGAUGGUGGGGUUGAAAAGUAAUAAAGGGGAAUAUAUAUAUAAAAAAUAAAAAUAAACCAUGGGGGAUUGGAAGUGAUGCAGACAAUUACAUUGAUAGAAGAUACAAUAUAUCUGCAAUAUUAAGCUGAGUCCGUUCCCCCCCCCCAAAAAAAAAUAAAAAAAUAAAAAAAAAUUAAAAUAUAUAUAAAUAAAAAAUAUAUAUAUAUAAGUAUUAAAAAAUAUUAAAAAAAAUAUAAAAAAAUUUUUUGCAGAUGCUUUGUAUCCAACGCACUUACAUUCAGGCGUGUGUAGCACAUAGGGAUGUGGGAAACAUAGUCAUCAGCCUGAAGUGUCCCAAUUGCAUUGCCAAAAAGCUAGCUUUUCACGUGGUGUUAUGCUUCAGGAGGGGCGGUCACAUGUGCUAGCAAAAGCAGAAGUCCUGGGUUCAAGCCUCGGUGUGAAACAAAUCAGGAGGAAGUGGUAACUCGCUAAGCAAGCAGCGUGACUCCUUUGCACAUUUUUUUUAUAUGGGUGGCCCCAGGAUCGAACCACUAUCCUGGCAUUGCAAGCACCAUGCUCUAACCAACUGAGUUACAUAGGACCACUGUAUUAUAUACGGUUCAGUAUCAAUCUCAAAGGACUCUGACAAUAGGCAUGCUAGUUAGUUUGUCUUUUUCUUUCUAAUGACUGCAACGGGACCUUCUGAGAGAUGCCUUUUUCUGGAGCCCUAUGAAUAUGACCAGGAGUAAUAAGGACCAGGAAAAACAAUAUUUUGUUGUUCAAUAGAGAACUAUGAUAUUCUGGCCUCAGACCCAUACUGCAGCACUGUGGACAGUGGUAGGGUUCCGUUCAGGAGAGUGGGAGUAUAUUUGUACGUGUGUGUGUAUGUGUGUGUAUGGCAGGCUAUUUAAUGCUGCAUAACUCCUGCUCCAUAACUCCUGCUCCAUUGCAUCUGAUCUGAAAACAGUAACAAACAAACAAACACACACACACACACACACACACACAAACACACACACACACACACACCCACACAGAGCUAUGCGUUAUACUUGUGAGGAUGUUUUGGGGACCAACAAUUGAUUCCCAUAAAAAAUUAUAUUCUCUGAAUUUUUGUUGGUUUUAUAAUUGUGAGGACUUCUGGCACACACACACACACAGACACACAGACACACACACACACACACACACACACACACACACACACACCACACACACACACAACACACACACACACACACACACCGUCUUGCGCUGCUAACCUAUUUUUCUCUAAACCCCUACCCUAAACCGUACCCUUACCAUAAACCUAAUUCUAACCCUAACACUAAUUCUAACCUUAACCCUAAACCCCCUAGAAAUAGCAUUUGACCUUGUGGGGAUCAACAAAAUGUCCCCAGUUGGUCAAAUGUUUCUUGGUUUACUAUUUCUGGUCCGCACAAGUAUAGUUAAACACGUCCAAACACACAGCACACACACACACACACACACACACACACACACACACACACACAAACACACACACACACACACAACACACACACACACACACACACACCCACAACACACACAACACACCACACACACACCACACACCACACACACACACACACACACACACACACACACACACCUCCCCAGCUGCCGAUAUGGACUCGGUUCACAUAUUGAUUCAAUUGUCCCCAACUAAUCAUUACAAGCUUCACCCAUGGCUGGGGCCUGUAAUGAAGACUUAUGACACUGUCGAUUUGAGAUGAACUGCCAUGUUUGUGAGAGAGUCUGUGUGUGUCAUGAAAGUAGAAGUUCAACUUUAACUUAAGAAGUUCAAGCUGACCAGAUGACAGUGAUAGUGCCGAGCGAUUAGUGUUUUUUGAGGUCGGUUCGGUUUCGGUUCUAUUAUUUUAACGGUUUUUGGUGUUGAUUAUUUCUUUAGAUGUUAAAUGCAACUUUGCAUUAUAUGGGUUGAAUGCUGUAACACAGAAUAAAACAAUUAAUAAAAGUCCCAUGAUGGUAGUGACUGCCCAUUUGUCACGGAUUCAGCCGAGGGCUGCUCCUCCUCCUUGCUCGGGCAGGCUUCGGCGUUCGUCGUCACCGGAGUACUGGCUGCUACCAAUCUAUGUUUUCUGUGUUCUACUUGUCUUGUCUUUAUUGUUCACACCCUGGUUCCCAUUAGGUAUUGAUUACUUCCCUAUUUAACCCUCUGGCUCCCACUGUAUGUUGUGCGUGUUUGUUCAUGUUUGGUUGUCGUCUGGUGAGCGGGUUUGUUCCUCCCUGCGUGGAGGUUAUGUUAUUUACGUUACCUACGAGUAAAGUACGUUUUCGAUUAGCUCUGUGUCCUGCGCCUGACUUCAUCCUACCGCAUCACACUGACAACCCUGACACCAUUACUGCUGAUCACUUAUUAAUUAACCAUCAUUUAUUCACAUGACUUAUUUGUUUUAUUUGUGACUUUAAUAUUUAAUUCCAAGUCUCUGUAGAGUUGCUGCCUAUGCUGUCUGACAAAAUCACUAUUUGAGUAGUUCUUCAAAGUAAAUAAGGCAUACUAACUAUCAAUCACUUAGUUCAUGUAUUUUCGGCUGGCGAAGCAACUGCUUUCUAUUCCUCGCCAUCUCUCUCUUUGUCUGCUCUGCAGAGACUGGACAAGUUUAAGCAGAUGCGGAAUGGAUUAUCGUCAUUGUAGAUAAUUACCACUUUGUCUGCACUAAACUAUGUAGAAUAUUGGCCUGUUGGAAACUACAACUCCCUACUAUAUCGCACAGCUCAGGCUUGAUCUGAUAUAUCUCUACAGAAACUGCACAUGGAGGUCACAGAAAGAAAAAAAACCCAAAUGGAAUUCAAAUAAUUGAACCGAUGUUGAUCAAUUAGUUGUUUAAAAACCGAAAAAUUACCAAAAGUUUUGUUAAUCACUCAGCACUAGACAGUGAUGAACCUGCCUAUAUCUACUUCAGACCAGUGGUGUCUAGGACCCUGUGAUGCUAUGCAGAGUGUCAUUUGAUAAGCCUGUUUAACAUUCAGCAAGAAGCCUCAGCUCUCAAGUAGCCCUAGUAAUAUGCUUUUAACUCAUCCUCCCGAGAGAGACGAGAGUGUGAGGAGGAAAGUGAGAGGAGGGAGACAGAGGGGAUGGAAGAAGAGAGAGAGAGAAGGAGAGAGAGCGAGGAGAUAUAGAGAGAGAGAGAGAAGAGAGCGAGAGAGAGAGAGAGCAGAGAGGUAGAGUAGAGAUAGAGAGGAGAUAUGGAAGAGAUAGUGGAAGAGAGAGUAGUAGAGAGAGAGUAGAGAGAGAGUAAGAUCUCGUAGCUCGACUGCUAGACGCAUAUAGUCCUUUGAAGAGCUAGAUCCUUGCAGGAAGAGUGAAAUUUCACAAGACAUAUUUAAUUCUUGCCAUGAUACUCGGGAUAAUGCCUACAGGGCCCAGGUCCCAGACACUUUUAAAAGCUUUUGAUAAAAGACAGACAGAAGCCCAUCCCCAUCUGAUUUCGUUAGCAGGAACAGUGUUACUGCAAAUGACUGCCACAGGCUGUUGGAUGGAGGCCAUCUCAACUAGUUCUAGUUGUGGAUUACACGAUGAAGCUUCUCAUUCAGACUCAAAAUUCUCUAAACUUCUCUAAAGUUUCUCACUUCAUCCAUGAUGUGCAGAAUAUAAUCCAUUUUGAGCUGACAGUAGAUACGUUCAACACACUGUUACGUCCCACAUAGACCAUUAGCAUAGUCUAGGCUCUGCUGAAGACUUCAAUAGAUUGGGUUUAAGCAAUAUGGUAAUUGCAAAAAAAUUCUCCAGAUUGCUUACACCUAAGCAAUCAUUUUAUACAGGAUAUGGGGUUGAUUUGGGAUUCAGAAUGAGUGUGGAGGGGUGAGGUACCUGAGUGGUUGUCUGGGAGUGAUUAGCUGACCAAGGAGAUCAUAAUAACACCUGAUUGCUUUGAGUCGCUUUCAGGCCCUCAGCUCAUCAACACGCACGCACGCACGCACACACACACACACACACACACACACACACACACACACACACACACACACACACACACACACACACACACACACACACACACACACACACACACACACACACACACACACACAGGGGCAUCUCUCACAUCUCAAAUCAACCAGAUGAAUAUUCAACUAAGUAAAUAAACUGCCCAGUAAUUUGAUCAGUCUCACAGAUGAACAAACAGUGGCAGGCUUCCACUCUAUGAAAAGCCAAGUGACAUUUACUCCUGAUGUACUGACCUGUUGCAACCUCUACAACCACUGUGAUUAUUAUUUGAGCCUGCUGGUCAUCUAUGAACGUUUGAACAUCUUGGAGAAAAAUCUGGCCUUAAUGGCCAUGUACUGUUAUAAUCUCCACCUGGCACAGCCAGAAGGGGACUGGCCACCCCUCAGAGCCUGGUUCCUCUCUAGGUUCUACAUCUGCAUUGCUUGCUGUUUGGGAUUUUAGGCUGGGUUUCUGUAUAGCACUUUGUGACAUCUGCUGAUGUAAAAAGGGCUUUAUAAAUAAAAUGUGAUAGUAAAACAAACACCAUUUAUUUUUUACAUAUCAAGGUGCAUUUAUGUAAUGCACCUUGGUAUGAUCGUGGGGUAGCAACAGAUCCGCAGUCUAGGAAAUGAAAACAGCCAUGACAUCAAAUAGGGAUAUUUUGGUGUGUUCUGAAGAUUAUACAAUUCUGUGGAUUAUUGGAGAUGGCCCUCCUAAUCUUGUGGGAUUAUUUGGAAUGCUCGGUUGGGAGAGGUGGAUUAUUAGGUAACAAAGGGUUGCGAGUCAGGAGAUGGAAAGAGGGGCUGACAGGACAUCAGAACAUAUCCUGUUUAUACCUGACUGGGAUUAACAGAUCCACCUACGAAUGUCUGGGCACGUUGUAGCUACACCUGGCAUUAAAAUGUGUCACUGCCAUGUGACCCCAUUCAAAGAGUGUAGAGGAAACACUAAGAGAAGUGGAGAGUAGUGGAGAAGAGAGAUAAGUUUCGAUUAACCUUGCUGAACACGUCCCUCAUGCCUGGGUCCAACUCUCAGACCUUUUUCUCUUGAUCUCUUCCCCUUGUUCCUUCUCUAUCUGUCCGUUAUUCAACCCCUCAGCCCCCCACCGCUCUCUCUCUCUCUCUCGCUCUCUCGUCUCUCAGCCCCUCUCUCUCCUCUCUCUCUCUCUCUCUCUCUCGUCUCUCAGCGACCCUCUAUUCUCUCUCUCUCUCUCUCUCUCUCUCGUCUCUCAGCCCCUCUCUCUCGCUCUAUCUUCUCUCUCUCUCUCUCCUCUCUCUCUUCUCUCUCCUCU